AUGCCCUUCCCCUCCAAAACAGCCCUCAUCACAGGAGCAACAGCCGGCAUAGGCCUCGCCCUCGCGGAGCGCCUAAUUGCAAACGGCACCUUUGUCAUCGCCGUCGGCCGCCGCAGAGACCGCCUCGACGCCCUCGUCUCCGCCCACGGCGCCGACAAAGUCGCCGCCGAGCCGUUUGAUAUCGCCGACCUCGCGGCCCUGCCGGCGUGGGCUGAGAAAAUAACAUCAACCCACCCAACCCUAGACACGAUCAUCCUCAACGCAGGCAUCCAGCGCAGCAUAGACUUCACUUCCCCCUCCACAAUCUCCCUUCCCUCCGUCUCAGCAGAGCUAACAACAAACUACCUCGCCCCGAUCCACCUCAUCACCCACUUCCUCCCACACCUCCAAUCUCUCAACACCAGCACCACCACCACUCAAACACAGGCAUCCAUAAUCCUCGUCUCCUCAGGCCUAGCCUUCGUCCCGAUCCCCCGCUGCCCAAAUUACUGCGCCACCAAAUCCGCCCUCCACUCCCUCGCCUGGUCCCUCCGCGCCCAGCUGCAGUCGAGCCCGUCCUCGGCUCACAUCCGCGUCGUCGAGGUCGUCCCGCCCGCAGUGCAGACGGAGCUGCACUCCCAGCAGCCGGACCUAGUCGCGGCGGGCCAGGCCAACUUUGGUAUGCCCCUAGACGAGUUCACCGACGAGACCUGGGCCGCGCUCGAGAAGCGGAAUGAGGAUGAAAUCAUCGUUGGGCCGGCCAAGAAUUUUGCUCACGUUGAGACGGAUAAGAGAAACAUGUUUGAUAAGAUGGCGGAAUCAUUUAAAUCGGGCAAUAAAGCAUAG